AUGAAGAGGAUGAUAACAGUCUCUCAGACCUAUCGACAGUGCCUGAGAUCAUGUAGGAGAACUAGUAGAUGCCACUUUAUACAUAACGCUAGCAGUCAAUCAAAUGGCACUUUUUCUCCGGUGCUAAUCUCUAAGGCACGCAGUAUGGCCCUGGAACAUGAGGUAUUAAGUAAGAAGUCAUCGGAAGCAUUUGACGCCAAAAGUGCUAGACGAAUGGGAGAGUUAAAACGAGUGACGGAGGUUUUGAAUGAAUGGGAAGCUCAAAAUGAUUCGUUAUCUGAACUUAAUGCCCUUCUCUCGGAUCCUACAACCGAUGCGGAACUCCGUAAACUUGCAGCGGAUGAUUUAGUGAACACCAAUUCUCAAUUAGCCACGCUUUCAAAGGAUCUGGCGGCGACCCUUACUCCUAAGCAUCCUUUCGCGGAGUUUCCUUGCCUAAUAGAGCUGCGACCUGGUGCGGGCGGUAGUGAAGCAGCUAUAUUUGCAGCUGACUUACUUCGCAUGUAUACAGCUUAUUGUACCCGGGUAGGCUUUCGGACUUCUCUCAUCAAGUAUGAGACCACCGAUGGACCUGACAUGCCGCUGGCUGAAGCGAUUCUAGAGGUCGAUAGUGCUGGGGCUUAUGGCAAACUUCGAACCGAAGCAGGCGUUCACCGAGUCCAGCGGGUGCCUGCAACGGAGAGCAAAGGACGCACUCACACGAGCGCAGUCGGCGUUUUGGUCAUGCCGAGCUUACCCCAAUCUCCUGGUGAUGGCCAGCUGCUCUCGGAAGCCGAUUUGAAGGACCCAUCAAGCGAUUACUAUGUGAAUCCCACUGACGUACGAACCGAUGUGAUGCGGGCCAGAGGAGCAGGUGGCCAACACGUCAAUACGACUGAUUCAGCCGUGCGGCUUACUCAUAUUCCUACCAAUACAGUUGUUGCCAUUCAAGAUUCGAGGUCACAGCAUGCGAAUAGAGCAAAAGCAUGGCAGGUACUUCGCUCAAGAUUGGCACAGGCAAAACGCGAGGCUCGUGAGGAAGAAGUUAGGAAGCUCCGACGAGGCGUUAUUGGUGUAGCCAAAAUGGGCAGGGGAGACAAGGUCCGAACGUACAACUGGGGUCAGCAAAGAGUUUCGGACCAUCGUAGUGGGCUACAUUGCCAUAAUCUCGCCGACGUGAUGAAUGGAGGUCCAGAAUUAGAUAAGAUCAUGGAUAGCGUCCAGAAAUGGCUUGUGGAUUGCGAAAUUGAGUCUUUAAUCGCUUCCGAGGAGGUCACUACCGGGAAGUAG